GAACAAUUCCAGUCUUGAACGAGCAAGAGUUCGCACAGCUCGAGGAACUCCGCGAACAGCAGGCCACCGAGGCAGUGGAAACCCUUGAUGCUGUGGAGGAGGCAGCCGUGAGCCAGACGCUUCAAGUGCUCUCCUCGCAGAUUGCAAGUAGCAACUCCACGAAUGGUGUUUUGGCGGAAGCAUCUGUUGAAACCGUAGCAGGUGUUCUGAAGGUGGUGGCUCUGUCUGCUGCAUCCUUGCCAGAAGGCAGCAAUGUCAGCAUCCAGGGAGAAGAGGGUGCAAGCGUUUCCGUCCCUACAGCUGUUCUCGCCCAAGCUGCUGAUGCUGCUGGUUCGGAGGUGGUGUUGCUGAGCUUCACCACACUUUCAGCGAACGUCUCUGACAAGAUCAGGAGCGAUGACUCCAGGUUAGCCCGACGGCUGGCUGCUGAUGCUGCUGGCACGGAUACCGGCUCAACGCUGGUUGGUCAGUCCAUCAGCAUCGAGUUCCGUACGUCAGGUGGAUCCAAGCUUGAGAUCAAGAACCUCGCUGAGCCCAUGGAGUUUCUACUACCAGUGUCUGCAGAGAACGCCACGUGCGCAUAUUUUGACGAGGAGGCCCUGCGCUGGUCGACUGAAGGUGUAGAGACCAUUGCUACGUCCUCUGGCCAAGUCAUCUGCCGCACCUCUCACCUGUCGAUCUUCGGAGGAGUCCUGGGCUUCGUUUUCGGGAACAUUGUGAGCGUGUUGAAAUGCAGCACAGCCUCGCAGAUUUUCAGUGCUGAGGGUGUGGCCAAAUUGGGUCAGCACCAGUGGCUCUCCCACAGCGCAUCCAUGCUGGUGUUCGCCUGCUUUUUCCUUUUCGCGGCGGGGUUCUGCUUGGCAGUUCGCCUGGACACGAAAGUGAGCAAUGCAAUUCCCUGGGAGCACAAGGAGCCCCUGCUUCUGCGCACGAAGACCUCAGUCGCUCAAACGCUGGAGCCAGAAGAUAACGAGGAUGUGGCGGAGAACGCUGAGAAUAAGUCUUGCUGCACCCGUAUCUGGGAGUUUUUGGAAGCAUCCGCGGAAUGGCUUCUGUGGGGAAUUGGGCUUUUCUUCGGAUAUGAAAACUUGUCAGAAGUCUUGAAAGAGUUCUUGCCGAACGCCCCAGAGUCCGUCGUAAAUCGCUGCAUUACCAGCAUCCACGCCCACAAAACAGGCACCUCAAGAGACAGCAUUGACGGUGUGAAGAAGAUGGUCAAAUCGAUUUCCCGCACCAGGUCUUUUCUCACCGAGACGCCGGAGUCAGGGAACGAGCAAACUGUCUCGGAGAACCCAGAAACAGAUGAAGAGAGAAAGAAGCCUUUCUCGCGGAUUUUGUCGCGCACUGCUUCUAACCUGAACACACCUGGCAUGAUGCGCAAGAUGAAAUCGUUUGAUCCUUCUCACAGUGUCCAUCUGCUUGAGUAUGAGGAAAUUCGAGCACGCGGGGAGAAAGCGGUGCAGAGCUUCAUCUCGAGCACCAUCAUGAAUCGAAUUUUUCUCCUUUUCCCGUCUAUCCACCCCUGGCUGGAGACUGCCCGCUUCAGCCUCUUUACCUCGCACGCCACGCGCGCGGCGCUGAUCAUCACGAAGCUGACGAGUGCAGCAGCCGCGGCGGCGCUUUUCUAUUCCAGUAGUUCAGUUUCGCCAGAUUCGGAUCCAGACUGCCUUCCUCCAACCGAUCUGCUGUCCAGUAUGAUCCAGGCCGCAACCGUGGGGCUCGUCACCGCCUUUGUUGGGGACACGGUCGUCUUCAUCUUGUUCAUGAUACAGACACGGGAGGCCGUUGACAAGCACGAGUGGGAUCCCUUGGCCAGGGAGAAGCAGCUGCGCCGGUGGAAGUGGAAGUCCAUGGUGUUUUGGGUAAUAUGGACUUCGCAUCUUUGCUUAUGCAUGUUCUACACCCUCGCCUUCCUUGCAAAUGUCAGUUCAGAGGAUGCUGCAGCAUGGCUCGAAGGCUGCGCCAUCAGCCUCCUGCAGGACCUGGUGAUUUUUCCCCUGACUGUGGCACUCAUCCUCGCCAUCUUCGCAAGCCUUGCAAUCUGUUGUAGCCAGAAGGUGAAGCAGCGCAUUGACAACGACUGGUUUGGAGCGGAGGAGUCCGAAGAGGAGCAGGAGAUGGAGGGUGAGAAAGAUGGAGCAGAGCAGGAGAAUCAUAGUUGGCUUCAACCGGAAGACGUCGUGGAAGUCGUGACCCCAGAAGAAGAUUUGGUGGUUGAGGUCUCUCUGGGCUUGCCGGGAGACUCGCAUGUCACGACGUUCACAGACGCCGGCCUUCGGAAGAUUGCUGGGGAAGCCUCACCGGGGGUGUCUAGCACCCCUAGACCGGCUCUGCACGUGGAUGAGGGUGAUAGGGGCGUGCUUUUCCCCGUUUUCGCGCCCUCCCGAAGGGAAGGAGGUGGUCCCUUCCAAACAGCCAGAUCAGCCUUUGUGGGACCUGGAGUGUUUUUGGGUCGUGGCCCUUGUGUCGCCGGCUUCAGCUCUGCCAUGUCUGCUUUGGCAGCAGACCUCACCAAACGGGUGCGCACUUCGAGGCAGGCAUGGAGCGUCCAGGGGAGCCACGGGGCCUCCCUUCGACGAGGCGAAGGAAUGCUGACCAGGGCCGGGCUCGGGCGUACAACUGCUUCGGCAAUCCUGCUCGGCCUUGUCUACUGCGACCAGAUCCGAGAUCUCCUGGCUCCUCGUGACGAGGCCCUAGCUGGAGCCUCCGACGUGGAUGCUCUGCUUGCGCAGGGCUUCGCCAACCGAACCCUGGGCAAUGGCGGCUCUUCGCGCUCCCAUCUUGUCCUCACGGUGAAAGCCGUCGAACCAGGGCGCGGCCGCUUGGUCUUUGUGGACCUGGCAGGCUCCAAGAACGCCCGAAGCAGCGGCGCUGACGAGGAUGCCCACUUGCUGGCGGAAGCCAAAGCCAUCAAUCGGAGUUUGCACGCGCUGGUAGCGGUGCUAGAGGCGACGGCCAACCAUCAGAGAUUGGUUCCCUAUGGCAACUCGCGGUUCACCAUGCUGCGUUGGAGGACGCCCUCUGCGCAUCGAGAAUCCUCCUCCUCGUCCACGUGA